AUGAGAAAAGAUGAAGCUUUUCUUUCGAGAUCGAUAUCAUAUGGUAGGGAUGAAAGUGAAGAUCUAUAUUGGGAGAUGAUGUCAUCUUUCUCUCAUAAUAGUUCUCUGCGGAAGGUCGACAGGUGCUCGAAGAUGGGUUCGGCUCCUGAGAUGAAAGCUAUUCUCGAGGCCCAAUUUAGAAAGAAGAGGUUAUUUGGUCUUUGUUCGCUUCGGAGCUGGAGUGGGACAGAUUCACUAGUUAGUGAUAACGAGUUCUCACAUACACAUUCUUCGAUGUACGUUUCGUUUACGAAUGAAAUGAGGGAACAAGAAGAAGAAAUGUUUGAUUUACCUAGUUGGGAUGCUCAUAUGGAAUAUUCAUUUGAUAAUGCUAAAGAUUUCAUUUAUUUUCCUGAGAAUGAGAUGGUGGAGGAGCAUAGUGACAAUCUGGGAAGUUCAUUUUUAAUGGACUCUAGAUUAGAAAUAGAGGUGGACGAAGUAGGUGAUCAUGGUGCAUCUAAUUUAGAUGUGGCUGGUGUAACGAAUCAGUCGAUUGCCUUGCUUUGUGAUAAGCACAGAGUAGAUGAAGAAGGAGUGAAUGCAGAUACAUGGUCCCUCGUGUCUCCUUCAAUACCAGAGAAGCUCUAUAAUCGGUAUAAAGAUGAGCUACAAGAUGCUCGCGAAGAUACGAUUAAUGGGUUGAAAGACAAGUCCAUAUACUCUCGUAUGGGUGUGAAGAGGAUGGGGAACUUGAUAACAAGCCAUUUCAUGUUACGAUCAUGA